AUGGCUUUCCUUUUUCGAGUCGGGAUGCAAGGAAUUAAGCUGCGCAACCCUGACGCAUGUCGGGAACUCGGUAUUUGGCAGAUUACUAUGGGUUUCCGUACUCCUCUUGGUAACAAGCCACAAAUUCAAGUACGAGCCACAUCACCCAAUAUGAAAAAUUUGAAAAUUGGAUUUGUAAGGCUUCUCACCUCAACAUUUUUUAACAAAGAAACCACCAAGGUCAAAGAAUGGUCUACGCCGUUCUCGGAUGUUCCAUUUCUCCAGAACACAGCCACAAGCAGUGUUCCAACGAUUUAUUUACGACUCUAUCCUUGUAAAAUAACUAUUCUCCGUUUGUCACAUAAGGUGCUGACUGGUUGGUUUGUCAUCCUUCUCUCGGGAAUACCGUUGCUCCUCUCUAGAUCCCAAGACUUUACUUUUCCCAUUCCAACACGUAUACCAUACUCGAGUAUCAUUCUACAAGCUGAUGAGAAAACCACGGGAAAUACAAAUGGUUCAGCCACUUUUAUUAUUUCUCCUUUCAUGAUUUUAGGAGGGUUCCGACCGGUAAUACGGUAUCCGUACUGUGCAGAGUACAUGAGGUUACACGGAUCCAUCUCCAUAAUGCCCAUGUCGAUUCCCCAUUUGACACUAGUCGUACCGGCAUUCUCAUCUCCUCGGAUUUACCUUGUAGCCUUGAAGUAUAGAGUAGAACAUCUAAGUGGGGAUCCCGUUACUCUCUUGGGAUCACUAUUCCUGGACUACUGCUUACGCUCGUUAGUCUGCCCCAUGCAGAACGGGCUCUUUACCAUUCUUGAAGGAGAUCUCGAUAACAAUCCCAUGCAGAUUUCCAUGAACAUCAAACUUCCCCAUUUUUCCUCCUAUUGA